AUGCCGUCCAGCGCAUAUAGCAUGCUUGCUGGCGCAGGCGGCGGUCUGGUCGCCAGCGUCGCGACGUGCCCGUUGGAUGUCAUCAAGACGCGCCUGCAGGCUCAACGGUUCAAGCACGGAUCGGAAGGAUACGAGGGUGUGGUCGCCACCGUCAAAACGAUCAUCAAGCACGACGGCAUCCGCGGGCUGUACCGUGGGCUGGGACCAACUGUCUUGGGGUACCUUCCGACAUGGGCCAUAUACUUCGCGGUGUACGACGGCAUCAAGAGCCGUUUCGGAGAGGCACCGACGGGUGAGACCACUCCCACGCGACAUGUCUACCCUGCAGCCCAGGCCAAAGGCUACCAGCCCAUAGCCCGGGAGCAUCCCUGGUCCCUACACAUCUUGUCCGCGAUGACCGCCGGCGCUACGAGUACCAUCUGCACCAAUCCGCUCUGGGUCAUCAAGACUCGAUUCAUGACACAACCGUUCACCGAGCGCAGAUACCGGCAUACACUAGACGCUAUUCUGACUAUUUAUCAGACGGAAGGCUGGCGGGCGUUCUUCCGCGGCCUAUUACCAAGCCUCUUCGGGAUCAUGCACGUCGCGGUGCAAUUCCCGCUAUAUGAACAACUGAAAACCUGGAGUCGACGUCGAACGCAAAGCGAUCUCACUCCCCAACAAUUUCUCAUGUGCUCCGCCGUUUCCAAAAUGACAGCGUCGAUAACGACAUACCCUCACGAGGUCGUGCGGACACGGCUGCAGACACAGAAAAGACCAAUCAACGGCGCGACUCAUACGGAGCUGUCACCGAAUUUGCGGGCAGGAAUCAUUCAGACCGUGAAGAAUAUCCUCCACCAUGAGGGAUGGCGGGGGCUGUACAAGGGCCUGUCGGUGAACCUUGUCAGAACAGUGCCAAACAGUGCCGUGACGAUGCUAACGUGCGCAUACGUCUAUGCCCUUAUCGCGCUCUUCUGA